CUGUCAUGGCUGCUGUGAGGAAGCUUCAGAUGUGCGCUGUUUCUCCGACGGGGAAACCCUGCGCCUCGGUUAUCUUCCUGCACGGUUCAGGUGACACUGGGCAGGGACUGAGGGCCUGGGUUCGAGAUGUCAUGGUGCCAGAUCUGGCCUUCAGCCACAUCAAAGUUAUUUACCCCACAGCUCCAGCUCGGCCAUACACACCCAUGCAAGGGGCUCUGUCUACUGUCUGGUUUGACCGUCACAAGAUCUCCAGGGACUGCCCGGAGCACAAGGAGUCCAUAGACAGCAUGUGCAACACACUAGGGUCCAUCAUUCAGGAGGAGGUCAACGCAGGGAUCCCCAAACACAGGAUGAUCAUCGGUGGAUUCUCAAUGGGCGGGGCCAUGGCUCUCCACCUGGUGUGUCGGUACCACCCUGACGUAGCAGGAGUUUUUGCACUUUCCAGCUUCCUCAACAAGGACUCUAUCGCAUUUCAGGCGGUGGAGGAGCGGCACAGAGCACAGCUCCCCCUCCCCGAGUUGUUCCAGUGUCACGGGACCAAUGAUGACCUGGUGCUGCAUCAGUGGGGAGAGGACACGUCGGUGCUGCUCAGGAAGGCAGGCAUGACCACCACCUUUCACUCUUUCCCAGGCCUGUACCACCAGCUCUGCCAGCCUGAGAUGGAGCUGCUGAGAGGCUGGAUCCUCAACAGGCUUCCCCACACCUCCUCCUCCUCCUGAUGCACCCUACCUCAGUUUCUCACAGAAUUUGUGAUUUUGUCAAUAAAAUCUUAUUUUGUUUAA